GCUUAAAUAUUAUUAUAUGCUACUUCAGUGAAUUUGAGUUCUUGAGAUAGCAAUUGAAUUAUGCAUUUGCAAAAAAAAUGCAAUUUAUGUGUAACAACAACAACUGUAGACGAUCCUAAAAAAAUGUAACAAAGUUGCAAAAAAAUGGUGCCAUUGUGGAAAUGAUUGUGUUGACAGUUGAAGACUAGAAAUAAACGUUUGAACUCUAUAUUUUAUUGUAAAAGAAUCGGCAUUACUAAUAACAUCAGAGAUCAAAGAAAUCUAACUUUUAAUAAUACAAACGAUUGCAUGUUAAUGGACAGCAGUAUUUUGCAAUUUUUUUUUGUUUGUUGCAAGUAAAAGAAUAUUUUCGGAACGCAUACCUAUGGAAACAGUCAGAACAAAUUGUAGCAACCUGAUCUCCGAUGAAAAUUCAGGUACAGUUGUCAAUAAUAUAAAUAGUGGAUCAGAAUCAAAUAAUUCAGACGACAUCGCAUCAAAAAUUGAAAAAAAUAAUGAUGAAAAUAGCAAUACCAGUGGCAGUCUACUUUUAGACAGAAAUAACGGUGAAAGGAAAGAGGACGAAAAACAGCUUUGUAUAGCUCCCACAAACAAUCAAUUCCGCUUGCGUAUUAUACCAAUUGAAAGGUUGCUUGAAAAACCGCCUGUGCCACUGACAGCUUCGAAGCCAGAACUUAAACUUCGUUUGCCAGAGCGAAAGAAACGAAAUAAUACUUCUAUAAUCGAAUUGAGUGAUACAUCAAGCAAAGAAAGUGACGAAGAAAUUAUUAUUAAACAUCAAACAAAAAGACAAAUCAAGAAAAUUGAAAAACCAUCUGCGGAAGUAGAAAAGCCAUAUACAAAAGUAAUCAAAAGUAUUUGUGCAGAAAAAAGAAACGAAGAAGUCACAUCAUCUUCAAUUGAUUUAAAUUCAAAGAUCGUUAUUGAAGGUGAUAGACAGAAGCUACGGAAACUUUGCGUGCGUUUAAAGCGUAUUCCUCUUCUGCAGUUUAGUAAACAAGUAAACGGUUCUAGAAUGAACACACUUACUGCAACACAUUCGAAAGCUGCAACUAGCUCAGCUAAAAACCGGAAAUCAAUGGUAUCAUCUGAGUCUGAUAACUCGGAUUGUGAGGGAAGUAAUGACGUCUCAAGUCAAGCGAAACAAGAUGCGAUCUCUUCAGAUUAUUCGGAUGUGAAAAGUAGCGAUAGCGAAAUAAUACCGUCACGUAAGAAGCGUACAUUUAAUAAAACAAAAAACUCUACAGAUUCGGAUUCUGAUUUUAAACCAAAAGAAAAACAACCUCGAAAGCGUAGUAGGAUUAUUAAAAAAUCAAGUGAUGACAGUGAUCAGAGUGGCGAAGAAGAUGAAAAGAAUAAAAAUAAACGAAAGCACAUACGUAAAAUUAUAAGCACUAAAGACCUUGACAUCAGCACAAAAACAGCUACUAAAGAAGAAGAAGAACGACGGAAGCGCAUUGAGGAGAGACAAAAAAUUUAUAAUAAAAUAUAUGAUAAGGCUGAAAGUGUUGAAGUAACGGAGUUAGUUUUAGAUUUUGAUGAGGAAUCAAAGGACCCAUUACUAGAGGUAGAUAAGGGAAUUUUAAAAAAAUUAAAACCUCAUCAAGUAGCUGGUGUAAAAUUUAUGUGGGAUGCUUGUUUUGAGACUUUAAAGGAUACAAAUGAAAAAUGUGGUUCCGGAUGCAUAUUAGCUCAUUGUAUGGGUUUGGGCAAAACCUUACAAGUCGUAACACUCUCGCAUACAUUAUUGGUUAAUGCAAGAAAAACACAAGUGGAACGUGUGCUCGUCAUAUCACCUCUAAGUACAUUAAAUAAUUGGGCGCGAGAAUUCAAACAUUGGAUAAGUUUUGCAAGGAAAAAAGAAGUAGAAAUUUAUGAUAUGUCCAAGUACAAAGAUAAAUCGACACGCAUAUUUAAGUUAAAUGAGUGGUUUGAAGAAGGCGGUGCAUGCAUCCUAGGCUACGAUAUGUUUCGUAUAUUAUCUAAUGAUAAGGCAAAAGGCUUGCGCAAGAAACAACGGGAGACCUUGCAAAAGGUGUUGGUAGAACCAGGUCCAGAUUUAGUUAUAUGUGACGAAGGACAUUUGCUUAAAAAUGAGAAAACAUCAAUUAGUAAAGCAGUAAAUCGAAUGCGUACUAAAAGAAGAAUUGUUCUGACCGGUACUCCAUUGCAAAACAAUCUUAAAGAAUAUUAUUGUAUGAUACAAUUUAUAAAACCCAAUUUACUUGGUACUUAUAAAGAAUAUUUAAAUCGGUUCGUAAACCCAAUUACAAAUGGUCAAUACACAGAUUCUACAGACCGCGACAUACGCUUAAUGAAACAUCGUUCCCAUAUAUUGCAUAAAAUGUUAGAAGGUUGCAUACAACGUAGAGACUAUUCAGUAUUGGCACCCUAUUUGCCACCUAAACAUGAAUACGUCGUAUAUACAACUCUUUCGAUAUUACAAGAAUUACUAUACGAACAUUAUAUGACUGUUCAACGUGAUAAAUGCAGUUCUGAUAUAACUGGAAAAGGUGCACGUUUGUUUCAAGAUUUUCAGGACUUGCGUCGUAUAUGGACACAUCCAAUGAACUUACGUGUAAAUAGUGAUAAUGUUAUACGUAAACGCUUAAUGGCUAAUGAUUCUGAUUCAAUGGAAGAUUUUAUAUGUGACGAUGAAGAUGAUGAGGAAGAGAAUGGUUCUAUUUCUGAGGAAAACUCGGUUGAUUCAUCAAAAUCUUUUGGUAGUGGAGGUGGUGUUAGUGGCACAGACAUAAAAAGAAGAAAAACUCGUAACAAUAAAGAUAUUAAUGAAGAUAGCGAUAUGGAAGAUACAACUCCAAUUGUUGAAAAAGAGGAUGACCCAUCAGAAUGGUGGAAAAGAUUUGUCGCAGACAAAGAGCUCAAUAACAUUAAUCAUUCCCCAAAAUUAGUGAUACUCCUGCACUUGCUGAAGCAAUGCGAAGCUAUUGGAGAUAAAGUACUAGUAUUUUCACAAUCUCUGCAAUCACUUGAUGUGAUUGAACAUUUUCUAUCAUUAAUCAAUGAAAAAACAAAAGGACAGGAAAUAGAAGGUGACGUUGAUGACCUAACUGGCAUCUGGACAGCUGGGGUUGAUUAUUUUCGACUUGAUGGUUCUUGUUCAGUUGAACAGCGUGAAGCAAUGUGUAAAAAAUUCAACGAUGUAACAAACUUGAGAGCGCGACUCUUUUUAAUAUCUACACGUGCGGGAGGAUUGGGUAUUAAUUUGGUGGCGGCUAAUCGUGUUGUCAUUUUUGAUGUUUCAUGGAAUCCUUCGCAUGACACGCAAAGUAUUUUCCGAGUUUAUCGUUUUGGACAAGAAAAGCCUUGCUAUAUUUAUCGUUUAAUUGCAAUGGGCACAAUGGAGCAAAAGGUAUACGAACGGCAAGUUGCCAAGCAAGCAACUGCAAAGAGAGUAAUAGAUGAACAACAAAUAUCACGUCAUUAUAACCAAUCUGAUUUGCAAGAACUAUAUACUUAUGAAUUGAGACCAAGCACAGAGCGUGAAGUUCCCAUUUUACCUAAAGAUCGUUUGUUUGCGGAAUUGUUAACAGAGCACGAAAGUCUUUUAUUCAAAUACCAUGAACAUGAUUCUUUACUUGAAAAUGAAGAAAGUGAGAACUUGAGUGAAGCUGAACGAAAGGCAGCAUGGUCAGAAUAUGAGGCGGAAAAAACAAGAUCUGUACAAACUGCGCAGUAUAUAUCAUAUGAUCGUGGAGCAUUUGGUAGUCAAUUUGGAAAUGCUGCUGGAAGUGUUACUUCAAAUAAAAUAUUCGGUUUUCGUUCUGAUGUUCUUUUGCAAUUGCUUAAUAUGAAAAUAGCAAAAGAUUUACCUGACCUCAAUCAAAACCAGAUAUUGCAACUAGUUCCAAGGUAUUUACAACAGCUUUAUGGUGAAAUGAAUGUGGGAAAUCCCUCAAUGUAUAAAGAUUUGCUAGCAUUACAUGGAACUCUUGCACAUCCGAGUGGAAUGUAUAUGAAUCCAUUACUAUAUGCAAAUCAAAAUCCUUCAGCUGCCGGUUAUUAUCAAGCUCCUGCAGUGCAGCAGCAGCAACCAGCCGCGCCGGUAACGCAGCCGCCAAAUCACGGGUUUAAUCCGAAUGAGGUUUACGAAAUAGAUUAAGUGAAAUUAUUUUAAAAAAAGCAUAAAAAUCGGCUAUUAAAAUAUAAUUACCUUGAAUACGGAUAUAAAAAAUAUUAGUUACACUUAUAUGUCGGCACGUAGUUAAUUUUAACUACAUUUAGUUACUUGAAUACAUUUAUAUUUUUUAUUUAAUAAUAGAUAAGUUUGUUUUAGUUUUAUAUUUUUUUUUAGAGAUAAUAUAAUUUUCAUAUAUAUACAAACCAGCUUUGAAAUAACAACAUAUUAAGAAUGUAUUUAAGCUAUGUCCCUUUACUCUACUUGUAUCUGAUUAUAAGUUUUAAAGACAUGAAUAUAUGCAGUAAAUAAAUU